AUGGCUACAAGUCGCUACCAGGGACACUGCAGGACAAGUGCUCUGGAGGAUGACGAUCACGAUGAUGCAGUCAUUAUGCCAAAGACCGCUAGUGUGAUGCCAUUGGCUGGAAACAUUCCUUCGACACCACCCCGCAACAAGCAAAUCCUUGUGCUGGUAACGCCCCCGGACUCUCGGUCACGGCCCAACUCCGACUUUCGUUCUACCUCUCCACCUCGUACCCCUGUCCGACGUUCCGACGCCCCAAAGGACACGGAGCCGCUGACCGUCUUAGAAAACCUUUCUGAAUGGUCUAGUGACCAGUCAACUACUAUUCCUUUUCUGCCCCUGACAGGGCUUUUGACGCCCGACAACACGCCCCCGCGUCUUAGUAAACCGCGGUCCAGACCCAUCAGUCAUAAGAAAGAGACGACAGACAAAUCGGAGUCAAGCCUCUCUCUGGAAAUCAUCUCGACUGUGGUGAAGAUCUCAGAAAUCUCUGAGCAUAACGCGGAACACAUCUUGUACACAGAAAAAUCAGAGCAUGUCGAGACACAGCGCAAAUCCAUUGCCGAGAAGACAAAAAGUCAAUCCUUGAAAUCGGCCAAAGCCCCUAAUCGCCUCUAUGUUGACCAAGACACAGGAAUAUCGGAGCAAGCCAAGACACAAUGCAAUGGCCUUCUCAAGACGGAGAAUCGUCGGUGCCACAAUCUGGUCAAAGCCCCUAAUAGUUUUUGCCACCAUCAUGAUAAGCAAGAUACUGGCCCUCCUCCUUCUAUUCCAUCGGCGAAUGGGAAGGGUCCACAGAGCCGUCAAUCGAGAGACACCACUGCAAAGCCAACAACAAGUGUGAAUUCGAAACCUCCUGUUCAACACAAUCAUGAGCAUCCAUCCCAAUGUAACAUCACCCCUACUACCGUCCGGAGAACACCGCAAUGUAGUGCCAUAGCCAAAUCGACAGGACGCCAAUGUGAACAUGGGACCUUGACUGCCCCCGGACAACUCACAAAGGAUUCUUCCCAACCGGUUUUCUGUCGUGUCCAUACAAGAGGAAAUGUGAAACAUGUCGAUGUCGAGUUGACCAAAGUGCAGAAAGAGCUUUCUGCCCGCCUUUCUGAAUUUAUACCUGAAUACCUGCAACUGGAUACCCAGCAGAAACUUCGAAACGCCAUCAAAAAGGGUCUUUCGUCGAGGCACAAGGAACCAGGCUAUGUAUAUGCGCUUGACGUGUCCGACCCGGAUUACGAAGGAAAGCUCGUGUUGAAGAUUGGGUUUAGUGAGAACGUCAAGAAACGCCACAAACAGUGGCAAACGAAACAUCCACUGUCUAUAAAAGACGUUCGCGGGUGGUGGCCCAAGACCAUAAUCGAAGCUAAAGACGAUGACAAAACCUUGAUACAGUCACUCAUCGACAGUAAUGAUCAGGGCGCCUUCGGUCUGAUGGCGGCAAAACUCGAACAAUUGGUGCAUAUUGAACUUUGGGACCUAGUGACGCACGUUGCUUAUCUGCAUCCCGAUUUUCCUAAAGUCCUCUAUUCGGAUUUAAAAUACCAGGACAAGGCUGUUCCUAAACCCUGCGGUGAACUUUGUAGUGGAUAUCCUAAAACACACAAGGAGAUAUUCGCAUUCACACGCGUCGAGAAAGGUGGUAAAUUCUUUAAGAGAGAAUGGGAAGACAUCGUCAAGCCUGUGAUCAGGAAGUGGGGGUUAUUCCUCAUGGAAUAUUAUGCUGAAGGUGACGAUGCCAUGAGUUUUGACUAUUGGGCUCUUAGUUUUGACUCUUGGGCUCUUUUUAUAACUAUUGGGGAGGUUCACCUGUGGACGCUGUUAAUUUUGUCGCGGGUAUUUACUGGACUUACUUGGGAUGUUGUACACUAG